AUGAAUGGCAGAGAGGCUCUAGUGACGAAUGGCAAAGAAGCUCUUGCGACGACGAAUGGCGAAGAGGCUCCAGCGACGAAUGGCAAUGAGGCUCAAGCGACGAAUGGCGAAGAGGCUCCAGCGACGAAUGGCAAUGAGGCUCAAGCGGCGAAUGGCAGAGAGGCUCAGGCGGUGAAUGGCAAAGAGGCGCAGGUGAAAAGACAGACACAGAAGCUGUCGAUCGCCCAGACGGUUUUGUUGCAGAUGAAAAAGAAUGGCAUGCAACCAGUGGAGAAGCGUGCGGAGGAUUUCUACUUCUUGCGACCACUUGGUGAAGGCGCCUUCUCCACAGUGUUUCUUGUUCGUGAGGUACGCAGUGGGAAGGAAUAUGCAGUGAAAGUGCUCACCAAGUCACUCAUUUACCGACUUGAUAAAGUAACCUCAGUUAUGCGCGAAAAAGAUGUGAUGACUUCGCUGACUUAUAUACACGGCUCACAUGAGCUUUUCGUCUCGCUUUAUUGCACCUUCCAAGAUGCAUCGCGCCUUUAUAUCGCCAUGACAUAUGCAGAGAAUGGAGAUUUGAUGCAGUAUCUUCAACGGCUUGGCUCUUUCGAUGAAGAGGUCACUUUGUUUUAUACAGCCGAAAUUGUAAUUGCACUGGAUUUCCUCCAUCGCUGUGGUAUCAUUCAUCGGGACGUAAAACCUGAGAACGUUUUACUUAGAAAAAAUUGGCAUAUUAUGCUAUCCGAUUUUGGCAGCGCGAAGUUCACUGAUCCAGAAAAGAAUGAGCCGGAAGUGAAAUGUACUGUUCAGAGCGAUCAACAGCGCAGUCGUUCAACUUUUGUUGGCACAGCCCAGUAUGUUUCACCGGAAGUACUGGUGGACGGAGAAAUUGGACCAUCAUGUGAUUAUUGGGCAUUGGGAGCUAUGAUCUUCCAAAUGGUUUCUGGAAUGGCACCGUUUCGCUCGAUCAAUGACUAUCAUACAUUUCAAAAGAUUCAGAGACUGGAGUACACCUUCCCAGAAGGAUUCCCUGAUCUCCCGAGGGAUCUAGUUGAAAAGUUUCUGGUGCUUGAGCCGGUCAAUCGACUUGGAUCGGAAGAAAUGGGCGGCAGCGCUGCUGUUCGUUCGCAUCCGUAUUUCGCCACAAUUGACUGGAAUAAUCUUACGAAAAAAACCCCACCGGCGUUCAAACCCUAUGUGCCGGCAAGCUCUGGCGAACCCGCUUUCCACAGUAAUUAUCAUAUUCCAGAGAACAUAGAGCCUGGUCUUGAUGAUGCCGCAGUGACACGCCUAAUGGGUCUUUCUCUGAGGGACUUCGUCCCUACUGACCAGCCGACGGAAACUCGCGAGCAAAAGCUGAUCACUCAGCGCAGAGAACACAAAUAUCAUCGUUUUGUGGAAGAGAAUCUUAUCAUAAAGAGUGGCUUUUUGGAGAAAAAGAAGGGUUUGUUCUCACGGAGGAGGAUGUUUUUGUUAACAGAAGGGCCAAAUAUUUAUUAUGUGGAUCCACUGAGCAUGGAAUUGAAAGGAAAAAUCCCAUUCAGUCGACAGUUGCGCGUAGAGGCAAAAAAUUUUCGAACCUUCUUCGUACAUACGCCGAGUCGAACUUACUAUCUGUUCGAUCCUGAACGAAAUGCCGUGGAAUGGUGUAAUGCAAUAGAAGCUGUGCGCGAACAGUAUUUGCAUUUUUUACCCGAUGAGCCGAUGGCCCCCUAA